AUGUUGUACACGCAGUCGGACCGCAUGUUCACAGCAUGCACACGGGAACGACGAGAAGAAGUGCCAAUGCACAACCGAGACGAAACUUUCCCAGAGCAGUCAAGGAGUACGGAUGAUCCAUCAUCGUCUUCUUCUCAGACUGAUGUUGAGAAUGAUGGUACAUGGGGUGAAAGAGAUGUGGGCGGGCCCGUUGAUCUCAGACAUGCUAUGCAGGAGUAUGAGGAGAUGAGAAGGGAAUUGACAGCAUUGUCGAAAACACGAAGUACUAGAACUGAGAGGCCGAAGUCGAGAGCGUCGGCUUUGAGAAAGAUCUCUAGCAGAGCAAGCCGACGUUCACGUACGACGGCGCCAGCAGAAGAUGAAGAUUCUGAUGUUGAAGCACAGGAUGGGGAACGGGACGCGGAUGAUUUUCAAUUGGGAGAUUUCCUGAAAGAUGGACAUUUCGAGAAGCGCCGGGAGGGAAGGUCUGCGAAGAAGGUGGGCGUAGUUUACAAAAAUCUCACAGUAGAAGGAGUUGGAGCUACCGAGGUCUUUGUGAAGACACUGCCAGGGGCUAUAUUAGGGACUUUCGGUCCUGAUUUAUAUAAACUGCUCUCGAGAUUUAUUCCUUUCCUACCACACGGCGCUCAAGGAAAGAGACGAGCCUUAAUCAACGACUUUUCUGGUGUGGUACGGGACGGAGAAAUGCUUCUCGUACUUGGAAGGCCAGGCAGUGGCUGUAGCACUUUCUUGAAAGCAAUUUCAAAUGAAAGAGGAAGUUUUGCUGGAGUCAAAGGAGAUGUCUCUUAUGGUGGAAUUCCAGCAGAUGAGCAGAAGAAGAAAUACCGAGGAGAAGUCAAUUACAACGAGGAGGACGAUCAGCAUCUUCCAACCCUCACCGUGGGCCAGACACUUGAGUUUUCGCUGCUCAAUAAGACGAAAAAGCAUGAGAAAGGAUCGAUACCGAUUAUAAUUUCGGGGCUGCUAAAACUUUUUGGCAUAACCCACACACGAAACACACUAGUUGGAGACGCUUUUGUACGAGGAGUUUCUGGUGGUGAGCGAAAGCGUGUUUCCAUUGCAGAAACCUUGGCCACCAAAUCUACGGUUGUUUCCUGGGACAACUCCACUCGUGGUCUUGACGCCUCCACAGCGUUAGAUUAUGCAAAUUCUCUCCGAGUGAUGACUGAUAUCAGCAACCGGACGACCCUUGUAACACUAUAUCAAGCCGGAGAAGGAAUCUAUGAGCUGAUGGAUAAAGUUCUCGUGAUAGAUGAAGGCCGCAUGGUCUAUCAAGGUCCAGCAAAUCAAGCCAGGAAGUAUUUCAAAAAUCUAGGAUACUACGCUCCUGACAGACAAACUACCGCGGAUUUCUUGACAUCUUGCACAGAUCCAACCGAAAGACGCUUCCAAGAGGAUUUCCAAGGCCCGAUCCCUAAAGGACCUGUCGAACUUGAGAAAGCUUUCCGCGAGAGCGAAGCCUACAAGCAUGUGCUGGACGACAUCGAGAGCUACGAGAAGAUGCUUAGCGAGACUGAUCAUGCCGAUGCCCGAGAGUUCGUCCAGGCUGUGGAGGAGGGCAAGUCAAAGACCGUGUCAAAACGAUCUCCGUACACAGUUUCAUUUAUCCGACAAGUCCUUGCUUGUACCAAACGCGAGUUCUGGCUUACCUGGGGUGAUAAAACAACACUUUAUACUAAAGCUUUCAUUAUUAUUUCAAACGCCUUGAUUGUUGCAUCUCUGUUCUACGGGACAACUGAUGACUCUGCUGGUGCCUUUUCGCGCGGCGGCACCCUUUUCUUUUCCAUUCUCUUUCUUGGCUGGCUCCAACUCUCCGAGUUGAUGAAGGCCGUCUCUGGACGGUCAGUUAUUUCCAGGCACAACGAAUAUGCGUUUUACAGACCAUCAGCGGUCGUGAUUGCCCGAGUCGUUCAGGACAUCCCCCUGAUCUUUGUUCAGGUCAUUCCUUUCUCAAUUGUUAUGUAUUUCUUGACUGGGCUUGAUGUGGACGUCAGCAAAUUCUGGAUAUAUUUUCUAUUCAUAUACAUCACCACAAUCUGUAUAACAGCCCUUUAUCGCAUGUUUGCGGCUCUGUCGCCUACAAUCGACGAUGCUGUUAGGUUUUCUGGAACUGCACUCAAUAUCUUGAUUGUUUUCACCGGAUAUGUAAUUUCAAAACCGCAACUUCUCAGCGAAAAGAUAUGGUUUGGGUGGUUGUAUUACGUCAACCCGAUCGCAUACAGUUUCGAGGCCGUGUUGACCAAUCAAUUUUAUGGUAAAGUUUUGGACUGUGCUCCAGAGCAAACAGUUCCUCGAGGACCUGGUUAUGAUAAUCCAGCAUACCAAGGCUGCGCUAUUACAGGUGCCCAAGUCGGGUCUUUGCGAACUCCUGGCCCAACGUAUCUACAAACAACUUACGAGUAUUCGAGGUCUAAUUUGUGGAGAAACUUUGGUGUUGUAAUCGCCUUUACCGUUCUUUACAUCUUGGUCACCUCAUUCGGCUCUGAAGUCUUCAACUUCACUAAUUCUGGUGGAGGAGCUUUAGAAUUCAAACGUUCAAAGUCAGCCAAGAACAAGGUCGAUGGUGCCAAGAAGCAAGAUGAUGAAGAAAAGGGGGAGAGUCAGCCGCCAACCGUGACUUCAAGGUCUAGCGAGACAUUGGAUGGAGCUCAAGAGGAAGAGGUUCUUCAUGAGAUAUCUGGUUCUGAAAGCGUCUUUACCUGGGAGAACGUGGAGUACACGGUUCCAACCGCUGAUGGCGAUCGAAAGCUUCUCAAUAAGGUUAAUGGCUAUGCCAAACCCGGAAUCAUGGUCGCCUUAAUGGGCGCUAGUGGAGCUGGAAAAACGACUCUUCUUAACACUCUAUCACAACGUCAAAGUACUGGAGUUGUCACUGGUGACAUGCUCGUGGAUGGCCGGCCUUUGGAUGCCGAGUUUCAAAGGGGAACCGGCUUUUGCGAGCAGAUGGAUCUUCACGAUGGCACUCAGUCGAUCGAGGAAGCUUUGAGAUUCUCAGCUCUUUUACGGCAAGACAGAAGUAUCCCAAGGGAAGAAAAGCUCGCAUACGUCGAAAAGAUUCUCGAUCUGCUUGAACUCCGUAGUACCAAGGACGCUUUAGUCAGAUCGCUAGGAGUUGAACAACGGAAGCGUGUCACCAUCGGAGUCGAACUGGCGGCUAAGCCUAACUUACUCCUUUUCUUGGACGAGCCGACAUCUGGUCUUGACUCUCAGUCCGCAUACAACAUUGUCAGAUUUUUGAAGAAACUUGCACGUGCUGGUCAAGCAAUUGUCUGUACUAUCCACCAACCUUCUUCCCUCCUUAUUCAAGAAUUCGACAUGAUUCUGGCACUGAACCCUGGAGGAAACACGUUUUACUUUGGGCCAGUCGGAGAUAAUGGUUCUGCUGUUACUAAAUACUUCGCAGAGCGUGGCGUCGAUUGUCCACCAAGCAAGAAUGUUGCAGAAUUCAUUUUGGAAACGGCUGCGAAGGGUGGAAAGCGAAAAGACGGGAAGCGCUUGAAUUGGAACGAAGAAUGGUUGAACUCGGAAGAAUUCAAAAACGUCAACAAGGAAAUUGAACGGGUCAAGUCUGAACGAAGCAAGAUCGAGACCGAUUCCAGCAUCGAGCUACGCGAAUUCGCGUCCCCUGUCCUUGCACAAACCAUCGAACUCACCAAACGGCUUUUCAUUCAGUAUUGGAGAGAUCCGUCAUACCUUUAUGGAAAGCUUUUCGUCUCAGUAAUUAUUGGCAUCUUUAACGGUUUCACUUUCUGGCAAUUAGGUAACACUAUUGCCGAUAUGCAAAACCGAAUGUUUACAUGCUUCUUGAUCAUCUUGAUUCCGCCUACCAUUGUCAAUGGAGUCGUCCCAAAAUUCUACCAAAACAGAGCAAUAUGGGAAGCGAGAGAACUGCCUUCGAAGAUUUACGGAUGGCAAGCUUUCUGCACGGCAAACGUUUUAGCUGAGAUCCCCAUUGCAAUUCUUGGGGGGACCAUAUACUGGGCUUUGUGGUACUGGCCGGCUGGUCUUCCGACGGACUCAUCAACCGCUGGUUACGUGUACCUCAUGAGUAUAUUAUUCUUCCUGUUCCAAGCUUCAUGGGGCCAAUGGAUUUGUGCGUUCGCGCCCUCGUUCACCGUUAUAUCCAACGUUCUGCCAUUCUUCUUCGUUAUGGUCGGUCUCUUCAAUGGUGUCAUUGGCGGUAACAUAGCAGCAACCCUGUCUAAAACACGCGUCCAAUGUGACCCUGUGGAAGCAGCAUAUUUCAACCCACCAGCGGGUUCGACUUGUUCGUCAUACGCUUCCGCCUUUGUAACCCAGGUCGGUCAAGGUUAUCUCACAAACCCAGACGCGACCACGAACUGCGGCUACUGCCAAUAUGCUUCCGGCGUGGAAUACAUGGCUACACUUAACGUCAAGCCUAGUGAUAAAUGGCGGGAUUUCGGUAUCUUCCUUGCGUUCUGUAUCAGUAAUUGGGCGCUGGUUUACUUUUUCAUCUACACCGUCCGCAUUAAAGGGUGGUCAUUUGGUUUUGGAACUCUUUUUGGACUUGGCGGAAAGGUUAUCAAGGCUGUUAAGGGUUUGUUCAAGUCAAAGAAGGGCAAGAAGGUUGUUGAGGAGUAA